GGAUCAAAUAUCUAAAGCACCCGUAUUAGAAUUAUGGCAUGCAAUUUCCUGCUUCUAAAACUUACACAAGCCCAAUCGUGAAUCCAAUUCUUUUCAUCCAAACCAAAAAAAAAAAAAGAAUUUUGUAUUUUCAGUUUGCUCCUCAAUAAAAAGGUAACGCUCUGUUUGUUCCUUGCUCGGAUGGCAAAAGCAAUGGGUGUAUCAAUUUCUUCGCGUAGAGUAUUUGCUCUUGUUCUAUUAUGGCUCCUCGUGGCAUCAACCUCCAUAGUCCGCGCCGAUCAACUUUCUUUAGUUGUAUCUCAGUCUACCACGCUGCAGAUCUCUCCAGGAAUAGUAGUGGAAAAUUCUCCUGGCUCUAAUCCAGGAACUAAAGUCAUUUGUGAGAGAGUUCAGAUCCAUGGAUUGUCGAGGCUAAAAAGUCUGAGAAAGUUUGCCCAUUCAGUGAAGGUAAAUGUAUCAUAUCUGAAUCCAACUGGGCGUCCACCUAAUGCUGAGGUCUGUUUCCAUAGGAAUCAAUCCCUUGCAAUUGGGAUGUGCCCGUCAGGCCAAUGGAUGAAACUAACCAAGGGUUCAUGGGUGAGAUCAAUGUCACCUUUUGAUCACAGGUUUUUGGAUAUUAGGAUGGCAAGCUCAUCUAAGGAAACUUUUCAGGUCUCGCUGCAUGAAGAUUUUUUUUUGUAUCGUGUUAUGUUUCUGGUACUGGGGAUAUUGUUACUUACUCUGGCAUCCUUCCUUAGCAAGUCUCUAGUAUUUUACUAUGGUGGUGCGAUGGCAAUAGGGGUUUUGCUUGUGAUCCUGAUAGUCCUUUUCCAGGGAAUGAAGCUUCUUCCGACUGGUAGGAAGAGUUCACUAGCAAUAUUCUUGUAUUCAUCCAUUGUUGGUGUAGGCUCUUUCAUUCUAAGCUAUGUGCCACAACUGUUGCGUUCAAUACUCAGCGAGAUUGGUAUUAGUGAAGACAUGUACAACCCUCUGGCAAUAUUUCUGCUGCUUUUCCUCGCGAUUGCUGGAGCUUGGUUGGGGUUUUGGGUUGUUCACAAACUUGUACUUGCAGAAGAUGGAUCCAUUGACAUCGGAGUGGCUCUCUUUGUUGGUUGGUCCAUUCGUAUUAUCGCUUCUGCGUUGAUUCUUCAGUGUUCUGCGGAUCAUUUACUGUGUGGCGAGGCAUGGAUAUGUGGAGUUCUCAUGUCAGCAAUCUUGAGGAGAUUAUGUCGUCCCAAAUAUGUUCUGCGCUUUUUCAAGAAAUUAUCACAAAUAGACACGAGUUAUCUCUGGGAAUGUCAGGAUUCGUACACCUCACCGAUAAAGGGGCCAUAUGAUUCCAGGAUUUUCAAGACAAAUCUAAAUGGCACAAUGAGCCGAGGUUCUCCUCUCAAGCCACGAAGCUUCUUGUCAGAAAAAGAUACAUUCUUUUCUACUUUCCAUAACACUCCUGAACGGAAGAAGCUUUCGAAGGAUGAGUAUGACAAGUUAACUAAAGACACCACAAAGAAGGCUAUGGAAGAGCUUGUUUCUUCCCCAGAUUUUAGCAAAUGGGCCGUUGCUCAUGCUGAUAGGAUUACUCUUGCUCCAAAGAAAGAGACAAGUGCUAGGCAGAGAAGGUGGUACCAAUGGGGACAGUAAAAUGUGAUUCUAGUAGGUGGAGAGCUUAGGUAUCCAAACUUGUUGCAACAUUUUCCUCGUUCACUUAGGUAGUAUUUCCUUUUAGGAAGGCAUGUAUUACGGUGUAAUUCCCCUUCCCCCCUUCCCCCCCAAAAUGAAAAAAGGUACUUUAGUGUGUAUUAUGGUGUGAUUACGUUCUUGUUAGUAGCUAGUGUAACCUUAUUGACUUCUACAAGGCACUGAAACUGACUGCUACAAACACCGGUUGUUCUUGUUUGCUGAAUGUAACAACUGGAUGAUGGAGAUGACAUUUUGCAGUGUAAAUGUCGCGAUGCUUUAUUUGCAGCUGGCUUCAAUUGCCAUUUA